GCUCUCCGCCCUCCACCCUCUGCCCUCCGCCCUCACUCACUCUCACCGCGCCGCCUCUCCUCUCAUCCUCCUCCUCCUCCUCCGCUCGCGCCUCCACCCGCGCCGUCUUGCACGACAACGACACACGCCCGCGCGCAUUUCUUUGUCUCCGUCACCUGCCCGUCCGCCCGCCUGCCUGCCUGUCUGCUUGCCUGGUCCGACAGCAAUCAGCAAGCAGCUGGCUGGCCUCUUCGAAACUUUCCAGCUUGCGCAGGCUGCAGGCGUACCAGACCACACCACAUCGCACCGUAGCUCCGCGCAAUUAUGGAUCUCGGAAGUGACAUGUUGCUGGAUGGCUCGGACUACGACGAGAAGCAACUGACGCCCACUGACGACGACAACGUGGCCAUCAUAUCACCCGACGACGCUGACAGCAUGAUUGACGAUGCCGACCCCGCUUCACAACCGGUGGCCCCGCGAGCCGACGACCACGAAGCGAUGAUGGCCCGCUGGAUGCCGCCUUUGCCAGACCAAGAGACCGAAGCAGAGGCCGUGAGUACCUGGGACAUAACAGAUUGGGUCAAGCAACCAAAGCGAACACAUAGCCCAACUUUCUACUGCGCCGGACAUCCAUGGCGAGUCUUAUUCUUCCCUGCUGGUAAUUCCGCCGCGGAUAGCGUAUCAUUCUAUCUGGAGCAAGGGCACCUUGGUGAUGCCGCGCAGAAGCCGCGCGAUGGUUGGUAUGCAUGCGCGCAGUUCAUGCUGGUCUUGUCGAACCCCAAUGAUCCAUCCAUCUAUCUGCACCACGAGGCCCACCACAGAUUCACAGCAGAAGAGGGCGACUGGGGUUUCACGAGGUUUGCAGAUAAGAACAGGAUUUUUGCGCCGAAAUUUGAGGGUCAUGACCGGCCACUGGUUGAGGGAGGGAACGCUCGAAUGACCGCCUAUGUGCGGGUGGUCAAGGACCCCACAGGUGUAUUGUGGCACAACUUCAUCAACUACGACAGCAAAAAGGAGACUGGCAUGGUGGGUUUGAGGAACCAAGGAGCAACCUGCUACCUCAACUCUCUGCUCCAAUCACUAUACCUUACCGGCGCAUUUCGGAAGGCCGUGUACCAGAUACCCACAGAGACUCCAGAGGAGAAAGAGGCGUCAAACUCGGCGUACAUGCUCCAACGAUUGUUCUACAGCUUACAGGCCGACCAGGUCGCAGUGUCGACGAACGAGCUCACACGAUCUUUUGGUUGGGAAAGCCGCCAGAUCUUCGAACAGCAAGAUGUGCAAGAAUUAUCACGCAUCUUAAUGGAAAAAUUGGAAGCACGCAUGAAGGGAACUGAGGCGGAAAAUGCGCUAGAGCAAAUGUUUGUCGGCAAAAUGAAGACAUACCUCAGAUGUAUCAAUGUCGAGUACGAGUCCAGCCGGAUAGAGGAUUUCUGGGAUUUGCAAUUGAAUGUCUCUGGAUGCAAAGGAUUGCACGACAGUUUCAAAGAUUAUGUCCAGGUGGAGACCCUGGAAGGCGACAACAAGUAUGCCGCUGAAGGGUUCGGACUGCAAGAUGCCAAGAAAGGUGUCAUCUUUGAGAGCUUUCCGAACGUCCUGCAUUUGCAGCUGAAACGCUUCGAGUACGACUUCCAACGCGAUGCCAUGAUGAAAGUUAACGAUCGGUACGAGUUCCCUGAGAUUUUCGAUGCAUCGCCAUACCUGGACGAGACGGCGGACAAAUCAGAGCCCUACGUCUAUCACUUGCAUGGUGUGCUUGUGCAUUCUGGCGACCUGAAUGCUGGGCACUACUACGCCUUCCUGAAACCAGAGAAGAACGGCCAGUUCUAUCGGUUUGACGACGAUCGUGUCACGCGUGCGACAAAGCGAGAGGCCAUAGACGACAACUUUGGCGGGGAUUACCAGGGCGCCAACGGAGUGCAGAAGGGGCAGAAUCCCUAUACACGACAAUGGUCCACGAAACGCUCGAACAAUGCCUACAUGCUGGUUUACAUUCGCGAGAGCCGUCUUGAUCAGAUCAUACUCUCCGACGAACAGGCCAAGCCACCGGAGCAUCUUCCUGCUAAGCUCAAGGAGGAGCGUCUGCUGGCGGAUCGCCGUAGAAAGGAGAAAGAGGAAGCCCAUCUGUACAUGAACGUCCUCGUGGCCACGCAGACCAACUUUCGACUACACGAUGGCCAAGAUCUAAUACCUUGGACGGACGAAUCUACGAACCCCGCAGCACCUACCAUCUACCGCCUGCUGAGAAGCAUGACAAUCGCACAGUUCAACAAGCACGUUGCCGAGCAACAAGGUCUCGACCCGGAUCUUAUUCGGCCGUGGAUCAUGGUGAAUCGCCAGAAUGGCACCGUGCGACCUGAUCAUCCUCUGCUGUGGGGUGAGAUGACUCUACAAGAAGCUGCCGAUAAAUUCAGCACGCGCAGUUCCGGCUUCAGACUCUACAUGGAAGAAACAGAACGCGAUCCUGACGGCAAACCGAUCUGGAAACUUGACGACGAGGCUUACGCUGCACCACUGUCGACUGGCGUACAAAAUCAGACCAACAAGCCAAUCAUCCUGUUCUUGAAGCACUUCGAUGUGGACAAGCAGGAACUGCGCGGUGUUGGUCAUGUCUACAUGAUGCCGUCCGACAAAGCUCAAGACCUCGCGCCGCACAUACUGCAGAUGAUGGGCUGGCAAGUCGGAGAGCUUUCACUUCAGCUCUAUGAAGAGAUUAAGCAAAAUUAUAUCGAGCCAAUGAAGCCAAAGAACACUUUGGUAGCUGCUGAGAUACAGGAUGGCGAUAUCAUCUGCUUCCAACGUGCUCUGUCAGGACCGGAGCAGGACGCUAUGCGGCAAACCAAUCCAACUGCGUGCCUCGAUGCACCGAGCUUCUACGACUUCCUCGUCAACCGCUUGUUCGUCAACUUCUCGCCAAAAUCAGCGGAGAAUCUGCAUGUUCGCACCGAAGAGGAGCUGACAUUCCAGCUUGCGCUAUCGAAAAAAGACAGCUACGACGCGCUUGCGCACAAAGUAGCUGACUACUUGUCGUCAAAAAGCGAUACACCCAUUGAUCAUUCACACAUCCGCUUCACGUCAACGAAUCCUCAGAAUGGUAAGCCGCGGACAGCGGUCAAGAGGCAGGCAAACUCGACAGUCAGCCAAAUUCUCUCGGGCCCCAAUGGCUAUGGCAGCUAUGGCUACCAGCCGUCGCAAACGUCAGAUCAUUUGUUCUACGAAGUGUUGGAAAUGAGUCUGGCGGACCUGGAACAACGCAGAAUCGUGCGCGUCACGUGGCUCACGGAGGGUAUUCAAAAAGAGGAGAUGCACGACAUACUGGUUCACAAGCAGGGCGAUUUUGCUGAAGUCUUGACAGCACUUCAGCAGCGCGCAAAUCUGCCUGCAGAGAUGAUGAAUCAGAUCCGCUUCUACGAAGCGCAUGGCAACAAAGUCUACAAGAUCCUGCCUCUCUCACACAGUGUCGUGACUCUAAACGAGUUCAUGAGCUUGUAUGCUGAGCGGAUCCCAGAAGAACAGGUCCAAGUGGAUGAGACUAGUGGCGAUCGUUUGCUCUACUGCUUCCACUUCGAGAAAGAACCAGCAAAGGCGCAUGGCGUGCCGUUCAUCUUCUUGGUCAAGCACGGCGAGAUGUUCAAGGACACCAAGGAGCGCCUGUCGAAGCGAACAGGGUUCAAGGGCAAGAACCUCGAGAAGAUCAAGUUUGCUGUGAUUAAGGGAGGGCAGGUUUACAGCAGGCCGGUCUGGAUCGAAGACGAUGACUGCCUUGCAGAAAAGCUCGGGCCGGAAGACCACCUUGGUUUGGAGCAUCCCAACCGCAAUCGCUCGAACUGGGGCCGGUACGAAAGCCUCAACAUUCGAUAGAAGCAGCUGCAGACCAGGAGGUAAGAUUAGUAUUGUUGCAUUACGGGUGUACAGAUACUGGCGUGCUAUACCACAGAGCGCGCGCGCGAGCAUCCACACAGGCGACACGAAACUGCCUAGGCUGCACCCAGCAUCGAGUAGAUGGGAGGGGAAGAAGGGCGCACGAAUGUUACGAUAGCCAGACGCAGCUGCUGAAGAGUUUCAGCCUUGGAUGCGGUGUAACGCUAUUGGGCAAAUGCUGUAUGGAGAUGCAGCAACGAGAUGCAGCAUAGGUUGGCGGUACGCGUGGAAUCGUCGCCGCCCACCAGCAUGCCAUAGCGAAAUGGAAAACGAAGCGAACAGAAAAGCAGAAAGCAUAUGAUUUGUAUGCAAGUGACAAACGUCCAGCUUUUCAACCAUAGACAUGAGAAUGUGAAUGAUGUGAAUGAAACCCGCAGCAGUCAGUCAGUCAGUCAGUCAUGCAUGCCUUACCUUCCAUUAAGGUACUGGAGGUAGGUAGGUACCAACAAC